GAGUCUUCCUAUUCUUUCAAUACACGUAGUCAUCUUACUACAUUCCUUGCUUCCCGCUGGUUUCUUAUGGACGGGAACCCGCUUAAGUCUUCGAAAAUUCGGUGUGACUAGGUGCGCGGUUCUGAGAAACCAACUCACGCUAUUCAUCAUGAAGUUCUUGUGUCUGCCUGGCGCGUAUGGAAGCGCUGAUAAAUUCCAAGUUCAACUGGCGCCGCUGGUGAACGAGAUGAUGUCGGACGGUUCUGCCACAUUUCGUUUCGUUGAUGCGCCAUGCGAAGCCGUCCCUCCGGAGGGAUUCGAAGACUUCUUCGGAAAACCUCCCUACUACCGAUUUAUCGAGCCAGAUGACAAAGAUUCGAAGGACACCGAUGUUCUCUCUCGAAUUCGAGAUUUCCCCGAGUGUGAUACUGCUGAGGAUACUAUGCGAGAACUCAUGAAAGAAGGUGUUGCUAGCAGUGUUCUCAGCACGAACCGAGCUAUCCAAUAUCUCUUCGAAAUCUGCGAGAAAGAAGGCCCGUUCGAAGGAAUCAUCGGAUACUCGGAGGGCGCUACCGUUGCUUCGACUUUUCUCCUCGCUGAGCAGAAAAGAUUCGAAGAUACUGGUAGAGUACCUCAGAUCAAAUGCGCCGUGUUCUUUGCCGGUUGGCCGCCUCUAGACCCUUCCACGUUCGCCAUGGUUCUCUCAGACGAGUCCGACCUCAUGAUCAAUAUUCACACCUGUCACAUUAUCGGUUCCCUUGAUCCGUAUGUUGCGGGUUCGAUGGCUCUCUACAACACUUGCGAACCUGACACUGCAUACAUUUUCGACCAUGGUAAAGGGCACACCCUUCCAAGAGAAAAGGGUGUGAUUAAGGAGCUUGGGGAUGUGAUUCGUACGAUGAUGCAGGAGGCGUCAGCAUAGACAGAUUUUUAGAUGUUAGAAUUUCGCCGUAGACUAUUUACAUUUGGUUUUCUCUUUCCCGAGUCCGGUUUUCUGUAUAUAAAACUUACUACAUGCAGAAAGGGUUCUAGAUACAACAAUAUAAUUACCGACACUUGCAUGCUGAUUUCCAAAGAAAACGAGACGGCGGCACCCAGCAAAUCGGGGACCAUUCA